CGAGAGGUAGGGGUACACAAGAAAAUGUUAUAAGCGAAAAUAAAAGCAAGAAAGAAGGCAAGGUCCCCGCGAGUGGCGAAGCUUUAAAGACGAGAGGGUAGUUUUUUUGCAGUCUGUGUAGGUGCUUCGUGGAGCGAGCGUCGUAGCAAAGGCUCUCUAAGGAGAAUUGAGAAAAAAGAAGAAGAAGAAAAAGAAGGAUGUGGGAUGAUGAACCAGCUCCGUGGGAUCUUGAUGAACCAGAAGCCGAAGAAACACAAGCCCAAGAAGGGGCCCCGGAAGGGGCAGCUGAAGGGGCCGAACCCGGUGAAUUACCAAAAGUAAAACUUGAGAAGAUCGAACCUCCAAAGUACAAUCAUCACUGGGUGCGCCCAUUAUUUCUCAAUUAUGCCUAUCUUUACGAUUACAGGAAGAAUUAUUACGACGACGUGAUCGAUUAUCUCGAUCAAAGACAAAAGGGUUUGUAUCGUGAGCCUCCAAGGGCACAGGAAUGGGCAGAAAGAGCUAUGAGGACGUACGAUCAGAAGAACAUUGAUAAGAGUAUUAAGAGAUCCGCCGAUAUGAAGUACAUCACUAAAAUGGAAGUUAAGCCAAGACAUUAUAGUUACCAUACGCGAGCAUAUUAUAGUUUGAAGUAUCAGAGAAUUCUUUGAAUUAUCAUUUUCGACGGAAAAAGAUCGACGAAGAUCGAUGGAUUAACGAUCUUAUUAUGUUCUUCGUCGAUAUUGCUAUUAUCGAUAAUGCCAGUGAUAAGCUGUUAAUCCUUUUUCUAAUCGGCUUACCUAUACGUCGUAAAAUGAAUAUUCAUCUUAUAAAUGAGAAUAUUGUAUUUUAAAAAUAAAUCGUAGUCGUUGUAGAUAUUUAUUUUAGAUCUUUCAUUAAACGGAGGAAAAAGAUUACGGUUUACCUCUGGCUAAAUUCAUCUAUCGAAUAGCACUUACCGUCUAAUUUUAUCGAUAAUUUCAUUUCUAGAUAAAUUCGAUUCGAUUUCAUACCCGAUUCAUUUAUCUUCGUAGAUAUAUAUUUUUCAUAAAUAGGGACUGACAUUCGCAUAAAACAUCGAUAUCUUAUUCCAUCAGCAAAUCAAUCGUCAUAAAUCUAAACGCGUAUUCGUUUUAUUUGUUUCGUUUGAUUAUUUAUUUGUCAACAAUUUUAUGAUAUAGCUGUGACGUGCUCGUGUACUAUGCCUAUUGUAUAUGUAUUACCGCUAUAAAUCGGUAUUAUAGAAUACACGUGCACUUUUAAUUAA